CCCCACGCAUCUCUCUCUCUCUCUCUCUCUCUCACGGCAGUUCCCAACUUCCCACAUACACCUUACCCGGUACCCACACACGUCAGUUCAACUGCUUCCCACCCCUCUCAUUUCUAACGCUGCCUUAUCUCUCCCUCUAUCUCUCCCACAUCCCACGAACCCACCACCACUACCAUGAGAUCUCACGUUGGGAGCCUAUAAAUCAGAUAUAGUACUCUUUGGUCUACAUGAUGCAAUCCAUGAAAGAGACAUGCGCCAGUAGCUUUAUGGGGAAGGCAACGUCAAGAGUACCACUCCUCUUCCGAUCAAAGCUCCUCUGUUUCUCUCUCCUGUACCUCUCUUCCUCUCUGUUCCUCGCUCUCUAUUCCUCUCUCUCCUCCACCAAAUGUCUCUUCCGAUCAUCUCCCUUCAAUCCAAUCCAAACCCCUCUCUUUACUUACCCUUCCACCUAUGGAGAACACAAAUAUGCCGUACCAACCCUUCGCCCCUCUUGUACUUCCCCUGUUUACUUCUCAGAUUAUUGGAUGGUUUUGAAGGAAAUCCAAGAAUUCUGCCAAAAUUCCUCGGCUUUACGGCAUCCGAAGUAUAUGCAGGGGAAAGCUCAGAGUUUUGGAGGAAAUUUCAGUACCCAGAACAGGAUUUCUUACUUCGACUGUUCAGAUGUUAGAUUGGAAAUUCCUUGUGGAUUCUUUAAGGAAUUCCCAAUAAGAAAUUCUGAUCGAAAUGCAAUGGAAAAAUGCAACGGGGUGGUCGUAGUCUCGGCUAUAUUCGGUGACCACGACAAAAUCCGGCAGCCGAAGGGCCUCGGAUCCAAAACCCUAGACCACGUUUGUUUCUUCAUGUUCGUAGACAAUUCCACGCUCAGAGGACUCAAUUCCCACAACCUAAUUCCCGAAAAGACUCGGGAGGGGAAAAAGAUCGGUGUAUGGAGAAUCAUCAGCGUCUCGACCGAGCAUCUGUACGCAAACGCUGCUAUGAACGGGGUGAUACCAAAACACUUAGUGCACAGGCUUUUCCCAAACGCGAUUUUUAGUAUUUGGAUAGAUGCAAAGCUUCAGCUGGUGGUGGAUCCGUUGCUUUUGAUCCACGCACUUGUGAUAUCAGAGAAUGUGGAUAUGGCUAUUUCUAGGCAUCCGUAUUAUAUACAUACUAUGGAAGAAGCAAUGGCAACUGCAAGGUGGAAGAAAUGGUGGGAUGUGGAUUCUUUAAAAAGGCAGAUGGAGACUUAUUGUGAGAAUGGGUUGCUGCCUUGGACUCCGAAUAAGCUUCCCUAUCCUUCAGAUGUACCGGACAGUGCCCUAAUAGUGAGAAAGCAUAGUAUAGCAAGCAACUACUUCUCAUGCCUCUUAUUUAAUGAAUUGGAAGCGUUUAACCCAAGAGACCAACUGGCAUUUGCGUAUGUGAGGGACAAAAUGAAGCCAGCAAAGCAGCUGAGGGUGAACAUGUUUGAUGUACAAGUGUUUGAACAGGUGGCAGUGGAGUACAGACACAACCUUAAUAAACAAGGUGGGCCAAGUUCCAGCGGCGCAACAGCACAAGUCCCUAAGACAAAGAGGGCAACCUCUGAUUUGUUUGUUAAUGGUAGUUGUAACAGGUGUGAUGGGUACCUUUUAACAAUGUGGGGUGAAUCCCAUGAUUGAUUGCUUUUUCAUUUUAACAAUUAUACACAAACACUUAUGUACAUUUACGAAGGGGUGAGGGCUCAUCCCUUUCGUAAAUGACGAAGGGAGCCCCCUUCGUGAGUGUGUGCAUAUAGUGUAUGUGGGGCUCACCUCCUUCGUAAGUAUUGUGUGUAGUUGUAAAAUUAUUGUUUUUAUUUUUUGAUUACGUUAGGAAAAAUAGUACUCCUAUAAAUUUGCAUCCAUUUUUUUUUUUU